AUGCUUCGUCUGAUGCAGCUUAAAUAUCCGUAUUUCCCCACAAAAAUGUCACUAUCACAUGCAGAGGCGAGCGUAAGAAACUUUUGUUAUGUUUCUGAACAUUAUACUUCCGAAUUACGAUCUUUUAGGGACUCUGCCUCUUUUUUGAACGACAAAGAUUGUGUCAUACAAUACCCAAUUCCGGAAAGUUCUUAUUCCUCGGUACCUGACGAAGAUCAGAGUAAGCUCUUGGAAGAACGGAAAAAGGCCUUUUCGGAAAAGAUGAAGCUGCAUUCGGAAAAAAGAAAGCAAGAGAAAAUCGUAGCAUUGAAAUCAGAUCUCGUUGGAUUGCGCGAAAUGCAAGCCACUAGGGCAGAGUAUGAAACCGAAGAUGACUAUCUUGAAAUGCUGAAAGAUUACGGAUACUCUUCCAUUUCGGACCUGGAGCAGGUAAUCCUUGAUUUUGAAACGCGUCUUGAUAAACUUGUUUAUGGAAAAGAUUCUUCCCAAAAAGAGACUGUAAAAUAUGAUUACUCUAUUCUUGAAAUACCGGAUGCAGACCUCUCAGAAGAAAAAAUAAAAGAAAAGCGCAAGCUUAGGCUUCUUAAGGCUGGCUUUGAUGCUCGAGAGAGAGCAAGGCUAGAGAAAGAGGAUGAAGACCGUGCAAAGGAAAAAGAAGAGCUUAAAGAAAAUAUGAGAAGGGAGGCAGAUCCGGAAAAAUGGAUCGCUGAAAAAAGAGCCUUAAGAUCGCAGCUAAAAUCAAAGCUAAAGCAGCUAAAACAGGAGAGGGAUGGCCUUUCUGAUCGAAAAAGCAGUUCUUCCAUCCGAAGAAUAAAAUCCCUCUCUACGCUUGUCAAUGGCAGACCCUCUUCGUCAGAUUUCAAUGACGAAAAUGCAUCGUUGAAGAAAAAAAGGAAAGCAGGACAGGACACUCGUAAAGAUAAAUCGCCAAUGGAUGAUGAUCCAAUGUUCGGGGAUAAUGAAUCGGAUUGGUCAAUAUACAGGGAGCUAAAUAAAGCACCCGGGACUUCAGAUGAUUCGUUUGAAGAUUUGGAAAGGCUCGAAAAUGAAAUUGACCGCAUUGAUGAGCUUUUAUCGCAUCAUGAUCCCAACUUUUGGAAUCUUGAACAGGAAGAAAAAAAAGCCUCUUUCAUUGACCACUUUACAUAUGGAAUAGAAGAGGCUUCAGAGCGAGAGGGCGACUCCAAUGAUACUCAAAACCGGCUAUCAAGCCUUCCCUAUCAGCUCCAUAUUAAUAUUGAAAGAAUUAGGGUGCCCGAAAUUCUCUUUCAGCCAUCAAUUAUCGGCCUUGGCUCAAUGGGGAUCGUUGAGACUUUGAAUGAAACAUUUGCACAUAUAUCGAAAGAGCAUGAUAUUACAAAGAGAGAGGAGGUAUUCCUGACAGGCGGUAAUGUCGCAUUCCCAGGCUUUCCGAAAAGAUUAUUCAACGGACUCAGAUCGAUGAGACCAUCAAGUAGCAUUCUGAACAUUUUAUCUCCGCAAUUCAAAGAGCCCUCUUUGGACGAUAUUAGUGCCUCAAAUACCCUCUUUAAUAGUCCAUGGAGAGGCGCCGCAAAGUGGGCAUCCAAGUCACAUGGUUCCGUUGACUCUUGGAUCAGUCGGGCAGAAUAUGAAGAAGAGGGAAUCGAAAGAUGCAUUUCUCGCUUCAGAUCGGCUUUUUUUAUUCAUUAA